AUGGCCGGUGGUGAGGCGGCGGAGGCCUCGAUGGCGGUGGGAACCUUUGAUGAUGGUUCCAGUUCGCAUUUCCAGUGCUGCCAUUCUCCAUUGCAUUUUUCAUGUUACUGCAACCUUACUUCCUUUGUCUCUACGGCAGCAUGUGGACACAUAUCUUGCUUUUGGUGUGUGAACAAAGGCCAUGCAUAGGGGUGAGCAUCACAUUGCACUAUAUGUAGGCAGCCUUAUAAUCAUUUUCCUAGUAUUUGCCAUCUUCUACAUUUUCUGCUAUUAAAACUUGAACCUGUAGCAUAUAAGACGAGGGAGAUGGAAGUUCUAGGUGGGCUCUUCAAAUUUAACUGUCAGGAAGAAAACCGUGCUGACAUAUACUCACCUCAGCUAUCAUAUCAGUUUGAUUCAGAGAAACUUCAUCUUGAUAAUGGCGAUGAGAGUUCUGGUGAAAAUAUCAAAAACAGCAGAUGUCGAGGUUGUGAACACUUAUAUUCACAAGAAAAUUGCCCUGGGAAAAGUAUGAAAAGGCACAUUUUUGUGGAUGAUAAAUCAUGUUCUUUAUGCAAAGAAAUGCUGUAUCAGCCUGCAGUUCUUAAUCGCGGACAUGGUUAUAUAUUGUGUCUUGCAAAUCUAUCUGACUUAAGUGGGGAGCCUCUUCAGUGUCAAAUUUGUGAAAGCCUUGAUCCUGGUGAGUUUCCAAAUGUUUUCUUGGAUUUGGAUCAUUUUCUAGAAGAAGAAUUUCUGAGAGUGUGCAGUGAGAAGAGAACAAGUAAAGCCCAAUGUCAACCGGCAAAUUCAUCAACAAGUACUUUACAACCAAAGAAACGGAAGGCCAAAGUACCUUGUGAAGCCAUGGGUUUAUUAUGGCUUAAUGAAGACAUGUCUGCAUUUCUCGUAGGAGUCGUGUGUGACUCAUGUGAGAUAUAUCUGAUUAUUGGUAAGCGAUACAAGUGUAAGGAUUGGAAAGAAGCAGUUGGCUUUGACUUGUGUGAAGCAUGCUACAAAACCAAAUCAAAACUCCCUGGCAGGUUCAACCAGCAGCACACGCCUGACCACAAGUUUGAGCUUGAUGAGCUGCACAUGUUCCGUAACAUAUUACUGCGAAGAGCCAGUAUGUUUAACAUUGCUCAACAACGUCCUGAAGUAGUCUGACCCUAUGGAUGAUGAUCCACAUGAUGGAAAUCACGACAACGAAGGGGGUGGAAAUGAGGAGGAUCUGAGAUGGAAAGGGAAGCUCUUUGAUGUCCUUGGAAGCAAAAACCGUUGUGUAUUAUUAUCCAGAUUUCUGAAGGGCACUACAAUACAAGAAUAGUGUCUGAUGUUAUCAGAAGGGCGCUGCAAAACAAGACUUCCAUGGCUAGCAUCUCGCUUCAAAUAAUUUGAUUGAUAAGGUCCUUUUGUUCUCUUCUCCCCCAAACCAAGAAGAUUUGGAACCUCCCCCACCUGCGCCACAUUGGUGGCGCCACGGAGAAGUGGAGGAACCCAGAUUUUGGACUGCUGUUGAACUCCAUCCAUCUCUUUUACGGAACACAGCAGAUGUCGGAAUGCUGCACACCGGAGGUUAGACGUAUGGAUAUCCUUUGGCCACUUAAUUCUCGAUCAAAUUAAUCAGGUGGAACAAAAAUGCUCUGAAACCUUGUGCAGAGAGAUUGGUAGAAACCAUCCUUUAUGGCAGUCGAUGCAGCGACUUCCUUCCGACCAAACACUACUAUCUGAGAACUCGGUGGCUUUGAGCUCUGACAUCUCUUACCCGUUGCAAUCGAACACCCCCUUCCCUUGUUCUUGUUGAAUUCAAAGAACGGUGUACUUGUGCGUGAGCAUUGCCUCCGACAUUUCGUCAAACACUCAGAUGCUCAACAAGAUGCAAGUCAUUCAUUACAUGACGCACACCAAUUGUUUUUUAUGACACCGCUGUAAAAGUUUGGGUGGGCGUUCCAACAAUUAUUGGGCCACGUAUGUGCAAGAACCAUUAGGCGACAACAGAACCCUACUUUGUGACGCCAUGAUGCCGUAGGAAAUCUUGCGGUGUUUUGGUUGAUUCCUUCCAUGCACGCGAGUCCAAAGCCAAGUUUGCUACAGCCCGCACUGAACCAUCAAAAUCCGGAGUUCACAACCCUCAUCCCACGAAGCAAAAUGCCAAAAUGACACAGUGAAGGCUGAAACGAGAGCCACCCCAGCUCACCUACGACUGUUCCCUUGUCCUCCCGGAGGACAGCCACUCCUGAAUGGCCUUUUGGUGCCAUCCGUGGACUUACUGUUCCCUCUCUGACUCCCGAAAGCGACUUGGCCUUGGGAGAUUCCUCUGCUGGCUCUCGAGAAUCCAUUUGAAACUAUGGUAGAUGAUGCUGAGAUUGGACAUGGUGA